AUGUCGGUUACUAACAUAACCCGUAGCACGAGAGUUGGUACAGACAGAUAUGGAUGGCAUGAAAAUGACCUAAUAAAGUUAAUUUGCAAAGGUGACAACGAGAUGCCACACAUGUACGUGCAUGUUUUUCUCGGUGCUCACACCAUAGGCCAAGCACGCUGCACCAACUUCAGAGACCAUAUAUACAACGAAACCAAAGACAUCGACGAUGCCUUUGCAAGCACAAGGAAAUCGGACUGUCCUAGCACCUCAGGUACAGGUGACAACAACUUGGCGCCUUUGGACCUUCAGACCCCUACCGUCUUUGAGAACGACUACUACAAGAACCUUGUUAGCAAGAAGGGGCUCCUACACUCUGACCAAGAGCUCUUCAACGGUGGAGCCACCGACGCGCUAGUGCAAUCGUAUGUUAGUAGCCAGAGCGCGUUCUUCGCGGAUUUUGUGACCGGCAUGAUCAAGAUGGGUGACAUUACGCCGUUGACAGGCUCUGCUGGGGAGAUCAGGAAGAACUGCAGAAGGACUAACUAA